CUCAGCUGCAACUCUCUGCUACCAGCAGUACCGAGAGAGACAGCAAAGCAAGGAUCGUAGAGUGCUCCUGCCAACACGCUGUGGUGCUGCGAUUUUUCCCUCUACGUCUCUAUCUUCCUGCAUCUCCUCCUUCUCGUCAACGUAGCGAGCGAGCGAGCGAGAGAAAGAGAGAGAGAGAGAGAGAGAGAGAACGAGCCAUCCGCACCAAGGGCCAGUUGAAGCUGGCUUGCCCUCUCCUUGGCGCGGUACUGCGAGCCCCAUAGCCCCUCCCGAAGAGUAUCUAACUGGUGCGCUGGUAAGCUUCUCAACACUCGAUCCCAGUGAACUCCUUUGAAAGGGAAACGCUGAUCGGAAGCGCCGUCCCCGGCGGCCGAUUGGAGAGAUCGCUGCUUGCUGCACGUCUACGAAGCGAAGACGGAGUUGUUCCCUCACAACAGAGAGAGAGAGUGAGAGACAGGCACGUGUGGGAAACGAAUACGGAGUUGUUCCUCCAACAGCACAGAGAGAGAGAGAGAGAGAGAGAGAGAGAGAGAGGCCCGUGUGAGUAACGAAGGAGCGUGAGUGCUUCUUCCCUCGAUAUCAGAGCGAGAGAGGCAGAGAGGAGGCGCAUUGAUCGGACGAUGCAGGAAAACGCGCCUGCCUCUGGUGGUGGCACCACCACGGGGGCGGCAGCACCCCCUCUUCCGCCGGUGUCUACCCCGACCCGUCCGGCAUCCUUCCCGUCUUGCACGACUUCACCGGGCUCUCCGGAGCUGGAGGUCUCGGUGCUGCGUCGGGAACUCCUGAUGGAGAAGCACAAGAAUUCACACCUGGAGGGAGAGCUGGUCAAGCUGAGGAAGUCUGCCGUAGAGAUCAGCCAACAAGUGGAGGCGGAGGAAGAAUGCCUCAUCAACCGGACCCAACAAGUGGAGGCGAAGGAGGAAUCCCUCUUCAACCGGAUGAUGAAGCGGCUGAUGGAGCUGAAGAAGGAGAAGGAAGACCUGGCCCUUGAGGUGGAGAGGGAAGAGGAGCUCCUCACGAACACCCUUCAGAAGAAACUCAACCAGCUGCGUCAGGAGAAGGUGGACCUCGAGAACCAACUGGAGCGAGAGCAGGAGUACGUCGUCAACAAGCUCCGCAAGCAGCUGGCCCAGGUGACUGCGGACAAAGAGCGAAUGGCGAUGGAGGUGGAGAGGGAGGAGGAGUUCCUCACGAACAAGCUCGUGAAGAAGCUCGAUCAACUUAAGGAAGAGAAAGCGGCCGUGGAAGAACAGCUGGCGCAAGAGAGGGGAGAGGUGAAGGCGGUCACCGCGGAAAAGGGGGAACUGGAAAUACUCUUCGAGCAGGGGGCCAAGGCGCUGCUGUCGAAAUUGCAGGAGGCUGUGGAACGCGCACACGACAGACCGGAGCAGUCGACACUGUCGCAAGCAAGAGAGCUGGAGUCCAUGGCUGCGCAGGCGAAGGAGCUGGCCAACGCUGCUACCACUAGCCGCGAGCGCCGAAAGCAGCAAUUGUGACACCUCUCUUCUCUCCUGCCCACACGUGUGCGGGGAGAGGGUGCGGCGCCCUUUGGACUGCUGUUUGGCAUACAUGCAUGAUACUUACAUAUUUAGACGUGUUUUGUGCGUUCAGUGUGUUCGUUUCUGGUGCGGCGACGACCCAUUGUCGUGUGAGCCUGCGUCUUCUGAAACGUCUGAUCCAAUCUGCAAGGAAAAUCUCGACAAGCGCUGCUCGCGGUGGCCACGCCGGAUAGCAUCCGUCGCCAUUGUGAGUCCGACGAGUCCUUAGCGGUGUUGUUGGUCAACUGUUGGUUUCGUUCGUGUUUCGUUUGAUUCACUUUUUUUUCUUUCUGCCUUGUUGACGUUCCUUGUCCCUGUUCCCAGGA